UCAGAAGGACCUACUUCCGCGGUCAUUCCAGAAGGGGGCGUGGCUACCGACUUGCUUCCCGUAAAAGUCUUCACGUCACGCGAGAACCACAACGAAGGCGCUGCUCUCUCACCGCGAUGAUCACGAGGAUCAGAUCUUCUUUUGUCUUUGCAAAAGAGCCGAACUUCUGAUUCUACCACAAUGCACAUUCUAAGUGCAUCAGUGGCACGUCUGGACCUCAGGUGGACAUAAGACCUACUUUCGGCCUAGAUAACAGUUUAGGCACACGGUCAAAGUCAGGACACCAGAGAGCUGGGUUCAAACGCCAUGGCCCUUCUCACAGCAGGAGGGCUUCUAUUGAUAUUACUAGUCAACACAUCAAAGGAUUUCACUGCUGCAGGUCCUCCAGAUAGUCCUUUUCAACCCAAGUGUCACAUUCCAUGUGAGGACAACAACUGCUGGGAACUACGUAUUCAUUGCGUUUGGGGUCAUGCAUUUGAUCCUCGGGUCCCUGUAACAUAUAGUCUACACUGGCAGACGGCGCAUAGCGACAAGGGCAAUGUGACAACUGGGGCCAGUUUGAAAGGCCUAAUCAACCGUGUGCACUUUUUCAUGAACAGUCAACUUCGUGUUUGGGUCCAGGCUGAGAGCCGAGAGGGUUCUGCUAAAUCCCCGGAGGUUGUCUUCAACACAGGACACAUCAUGAAACCAGCCCAACCUAAGAUUAUGUGGAGCCAACAAGAUCCUUUGGAAAUUUCCUGGAAUUCCAUCUGUAAUGAGCCACACCUGUCUUUGGGAUCGUGCGAUGUGCGAUAUCGUACUGAGGUGGACAAAACCUGGAUUGAGGAAGAAAUUGGAGCACAAGUCAACUAUGAAUUCAGCGGUGAAGUCCAGCCUGCUGUGUUCUACGAAUUUCAAGUUCGUUGUUCCUGUGCGACGGGAUUGAUGAGCGACUGGAGUGCAAGUCAUAGAAUAAAAAGCUCUGAAGCAGCUCCCACUGGAGAGAUGGACGUAUGGGAGGAUUGUGGAGUGCCUGCCACCAAUAGUGAUUGUGUUAUGACCUGGAAGAUGCUUCCUAUAUCUCAAGCUCACGGUCACAUUCUGGGAUAUGAAUGGACACUGUCCAAACACGGCAAUGAUGAAUUCUUCAAUGUUUCCACAGCCGAGCCAAUGGGCUGGCUGGUAUGCCAUGAGAUGCAAUGCUACGUCAAUUUCUCUUUAAAGAAUGUAACAUCGGUCAAUAUAUCGGCCUACAACGCCCAUGGUUCUACAGAGCCUUCUUACCUUGCCCUCCCAACAACAGGGCCUCGGGGGGUGCUGGAGCCUAUUCAUCUACAAUCGGGCAGAAGGCGUCGUACACCCUGGACAAGUUGCCACCUCACUCACAUUCACACACUAGGGCCAAUUAACAAGAUACAUUUCUCAGAAAGAACGCCGAAGCAGGCCAUUGAUGUCACGAUGAAUACGGAGAAUCUCACCGUCUUGUGGGAUCUGCACUCUCAGCGCCCUGACAUCAACUCAAUCAAGGAGUAUGUGGUGCAAUACAAACAAGCGGGACGCCGUCUCGGCCAAGGAUUUGACUGGAUGAGAGUGAACAAAAGCCAGGCUACUGCAACAUUUAGAGGUCAUUUUGAAAAGUACACGCCUUACCAAGUGUCGCUGUUCAAAGUGACACCCGACGGAAGAAGCCAGCAUUUUUCCUCUGUUAUUGGAUUUUCCCAUCAUGGAACUCCACCUAUAGUGCCUUCUUUUAAAAUUAGCUCCAUUGCGGCCACACGUGUGACGCUGUUGUGGGAGCCUGUUCCACUGACCCUGCAGAGGGGGCUGAUACUCUACUACCAAAUAGGUAUCCAGGGACAAAUGGCCGUGUACAAUGUGACAAACUCACCUCAGGAUACGAGUCCGACUUUUGAGCUGCUAGAUCUGAAUCCAGACCAGGAUUAUGAAGUGUGGAUCAAGGCUGUAACUGAGGCCGGGCCGGGACCAAAGGUCAUGGCAAGGUUCAAAACUCAACAACAAGAGCAACUUAAAUCACAAUCGCUCAUAUUGACAGUCCUGCUCCCAGUCUGUUUACUGAUCAUAUUAGGUGGUGUUCUGGUUUCCCUGAGUUUUUGCAGAGGAGCUGGCAAAGUGUGUGUGUGUUUAAAUGAAAGGAUUCCAGAUGCGUACAACAGCGGCAUCUUCAAAUUGAUGACGGAGCAGAAGGACGACCAUUUGGUUUGGAUCUUUAACCACAUCUGUGAACCACACCCCACCAUAUCCGUUUUGGAGGUAGUGGCAAUCAAAGAGCCAGCGUGUGGGAAAUACUCAGAUUCCAAGGACCUGAAUACAAGAGCGGCAGCAAAGUCCAAGCAACGUGAUGGAAAAGAGGACAGCAAAAGUGUGGACUCUGACCCGGAAACGGGCGCGAGCGAGCUGGUCAACGGGGAAGAUUCUGGGAAUCCAGAUGAAGAAGAUGAUGUCACAUUAGGUUAUGAAAAGCACUUCAUGCCGACUGAUGUGGAAAUACGAGAGAGUUGAUCCCACAUCAGGGCAAGAAAAAACUCAACCCAAUGGGAUGACAAUGAGAAACCUUGGAGGGGACCACAGAUGUGGCAAUAUGUUGGCAAUGUCUACAAAUAAAUGUAAGUUUUAUACGGUU